CAAGUAUGUCGAACCCCGGCACGGGGGCUUCUAUCCAGAAAGAUCUACUGGAUGUCUGGAGGAUAGCUAAUGUUGAAGAUUUCCAGCAAAAAUUAGUAUUUUCUCUGAAUAUUCGAAGAUUAGAACAUAUAAGUCAUGUGCAGGACAAGGAAUUCCAGAGUAUUGGGCUAACGCCAACCCAGAUACAAGACCUGAGGAGGGUUGCUGCUAAUGUUCAGGAAGUAGCCAAUAGAAGAAAUACUAGUGGAGAAGUGGUGUAUAUACCAAACAAUAAUCUUGCAGAUAAUAGUUCUUCCGAGUUGAAUAAGGCAAUCAUAGCAAAAGAGCAGAUCAAAAUUAUGGAAACCAUUGGCGAGGGGACAUUUUCUGUGGUAAAACGCGCAAUAUGGUAUCAUCCAGGUGGCAGUAAGAUUGAUGUUGCCGUGAAAAUCUUACGGGACGUUUCACCUUCGCUAGUCGAAGAUCUUGAAGUGGAAGCAAGUCAUCUACUCAAACUUCAGCAUGCCAAUCUUAUUCGAUUGUUUGGAAUCGUACGACCCGCGAUGAUGGUUUUCGAAUUAUGCGAAGGUGGAGAAUUACUGACACGUUUGCGAGAUACGAGCAAGCCUGCGCCCCUGGUUACACUUCUUCUUGAGUACUGCCUGCAAAUAGCGAAGGCUCUUACAUUUCUGGAAAGUAAGCAUGUAGUGCACAGAGAUGUAGCUGCUAGGAAUGUUCUUCUCAGCAAAGACGAAAAGGUUGUAAAAUUAUGUGAUUUUGGACUGAUGAGAAAUUUGAAGGAAAAUGAAAGGUCGUACACGAUGCAAGGACAGAAGCGUGUGCCAUUUUCUUGGUGUCCGCCAGAGUCGUUGCGGCAUCGAAAAUUUUCUCACGCCUCUGAUGUUUGGGCUUUUGGUGUCACGGCCUGGGAAAUAUUCAGUUAUGGGGAAGAUCCUUGGAUUGGUUGUAGAGCAAUAGAUGUACUCCAGCGGCUUGAUGCAGGAGAACGUUUGGAGAAGCCAAAAUAUUGCUCCCAACAAAUAUAUGACUUAAUUAGUCUAUGUUGGAACAUCAAUCCGGAUCUUCGUCCUAAGUUCAGUUUAUUGAGGACUCAUCUUCUCGGCGUUGAGUUCAAUAUCGCAGAGGUUCGUGAUGCGUCAAAUCCAGAUCCUAGCGGUGAAAUGUUGGAAAUGAUGGCGCGAGAUCGAGUAAUCGUCAUUGAAAGCAGUGGAUUUUUAUGGUAUGGCCAGAAUGAGAGGACACAUCUGUUUGGAAAAUUCACCCGUUCCUCUGUGUUUGUCAACAGUAAAACUGUGUCCUCUCAUCCACAUCGUGACACUAGCGCCAUCGGUGGUAACAGUAGAAUCUCGCUUCCCAUCCGGGGUUCGUUUAUACAUGCUGGGCAUGGUGACGUGUUAGGCAACUCUUCUUGGGGCACACCUGACAAAAUUGAUGAUGUCUACUUGAAAAAUCCAAUUAUCGGAGAUCCGCUAAACCUCACUAUGAUGCCGUUGUCUGUUCCAUCCGUGACGAAUGUCAGUAGUACUAGCGAGACGGUUUUUGCUGGUAUGCCAUCAACAUCGAAAGCUCAAGCAAAACCGGACUAUGAGGAUCCAUUUGAUAUAGCAGCUUUUGACGAGAAUUUCACUCCCACUCGAAUCAAGCUGCCUGAAGUUUUCACUACUGGACGCAUAAGUCCGUCUACCAACAUCAGCAUUGAACGACCACGACCAUCCUCUUCACGCUCGGCAAUACCAUCAACUUCUUCUCCACUUCCUUCACAUAAUGGUUGGGAGCAGUCUGCGCCAGUGGAUAGAGCGUUGUUCUCCAUAUCUCCGAACUUACAGGCGCCUAUCACUCCAAAACCUACAAAUGGCACUAGUAUGAUAACAACUCAACCCAAAGAAUCAGGCGUUGUGAAACUGCCGAUGCCCAAACAACCAGUCACGCAACAGCCAGUUUCGGAUGCAAGUGCGACGCGGGACGAUCCGUUCGAGAUCUCCAGUAUAUUGAGUAAUACUGUGCUCAGGGAGAGGUACAAUAACAUACUUGAGAAGAAGGCCGCUUUGAUUGCUUCGCAAGCCAACACCACUAUGCCUUUGCUUCCUUCUUCCUUUUCCGGUCCCAGCAAUGUGCGAAGGUCAGAAACAGCUAGCGUGCCGUUACCUUCGUCUUCAGCUUCGGUUUCCAUCGAGAACAGCGUUGUUCGGACCAGACCACACUCUAAUAUCUUACAACCAACGGUCCUUACUACGCUGAAUAACAACAGAUUGACCAGGCCACAGUCUGCAGUCAUGGAAGGUUGGGAUCGCAAAGAACACAACGCGAGUCCCUCUUUCUCUCGGGAGACUGGCGAUCUCCCCAUCCAAGCUCUCAAUGAUGUGUCGAUGACAGCAAAGACAGAGCCAGGUGGUCGCAUAGCGCCUUCGAGUCCUGUUCUUGACGAAAUUCGAAAGAGACGGUUGGAGAGUGCCAUCACAAGUGUGCUGCCACAACCUAGCCAGCUAUUCUUUGGGAAUGGCUCUGGCACUAAUGGACAGGUGCAGAUGCGUAGCAGCACACCACCUACUUCUCAGAAUGUGGCUCGCGUUCCUGCUGUCAAUCCUGUUCGCCCACUUCAGCCAGUGCUGAACUUAAAUGGUGUUCUUGAGCCCAUACGACUGCCUACUAGCGUCUCAGCACGUACAACUGUCUCUAGUUCGCAGCCAUCUUUGCGAAAUAAUCAGCAGAUCCCGAGCAUGAGCAAUCCCAAUAGCCUUCCUGGCAAUUCCAUGGCUGCUCGUCCUCUCAGCCAGACGCAGCUGCCGCUAUUCAGUUUGUCAAACAACACGGCGUUUCCUAAUUACCAGCGUGGGGUCAACCCAUAUCAGUAUAAUUUCGCCAGUGGUGUUCCUGCGGUGCAGUUCAACCAGAUGCGGAGUUCAAACGGCGUACUGCCACCUCGCUUGGAACCGUUCACUCCCUUCCGCGUUGCAGAGGGCGAGGACGUUCUAGAGGUUCUUGACCCGCUUUCGGCAACGUCGCGAGAGAGGCGCACGACACCUACUCCUGCUGCUUCUUCAUUACCAGGUUCCAUAACUCUAGCUGAGCGGAUGGAGAUUUUGUACUCGGAUGCGCCUUUUGCCGAUCGUUCCCGUUGCGACCAAAUGGUUGCAAAAUGUCGGGGUGACAUUGAGAGUGCUUUGCGUGAACUCAAAGUUGAACAUCUUGUCGACACGCAGAUCGCGGCUAACCGGGAGCGGGCACGUGAAGCCCUUAACUCCAAAUCUUGGGAUCUAAAUGCAGCCGCAGAGCUGCUAUUAAUGUCGUAGUCCGAGGAUGACAUGAGGUAUGAAUAGUAGAACAGGAGGUUGUAUCUUGACACAAUAGCGCAGGUGUAUCCGAUUCUUUAUUACAUUGGGACGAACGGGCGCUUAUACUUAUUCUAGUCUUACCUGUAAAAUUUGAUCUGAUCAUGUAUUUAAUUUUCAUGCGAGGUAUCUUGUUCUGCUUACAUGGUUUAUUGCGUUAUGUAUGUUAGGUUCAAUAAUGUUGUGCAGACCUGAUUCCUACGUGUCUGCCUUUCGUUCUACUUCAUAUCUUUUUUCCGGGUCAUGCCUUUUGUCCAAUAAGAUUUGAACUUCGUUUGAGUGCCAUACGCAAUACACUGCGAGCUGUUCACUUCCUUCUGACUUCUUUCCAGCAAUGAGUUUUAGACAAUCAAAGUGUUUUGUUGAUUGCUUACAGAAAGGCUAGUAUACCGAGUUGCUGAAUUUGCGAAAUUUUUGAAAAGGCAUACAACUAAUUUAUGCAGAGUCCCAAGCUGUGUAAAUGCUCGCAAAGUGGCUCCUUUAUUUGGCUUAACUUGCUUAUAUCAUCUGCAGAAUUCUGAUAUUGCCUCAUUACCCUUGUCGGCCCAUGCAUGAAACCUUGUACACUUUUGUUCAUUUAUUUGUUGUUCACGUUUGGACGUAAUGAGUGCGUAUUUUGUGAUUUUGCGCAUGUUAGUCAGAAUUCUGGCUCUUUGUAUAGUGCGAUGAUUUUGUUUCUGCUAGCGCUUGAGUUGUACUUUAUAUAUCGCUUGUAUAGUGUGCCAUAUUAGCAAAAGAUAUCAAUUCCGCUUAUAUAUUUAGGCUCAUUUGUUUUGUCUAGAAUGCCUCGAUAUUUUUGAAGAGCCCGUCAUCUUGUCGUACCCUCUACCAUUAUUGUACCCUCUACCAUUCGUACCCUCUACUAUUAUCGUUACAAAUUAGAGGAAUCUCGCACAAUCAGCACUUUAGUUUUCCACUUUGAUCUUGUGUCCUGUGAUAUGUAAUUAUCAGUUGCUCCUUCAGAAGUCAUUGCUUGCUUAUCUUCCAUAAAGAAAUAAAUUUUACAGUGUUAUU